AUGGGUAAAAUCCCCCACCUUAGGUGGAGGUUUGUGCUAAUUUCUAUCUGCAUUCAGAGAAUCCAUGUUGGGACUGGAGACCUGAGAGCUGAAGUGCUCUAACCCUCUCAUUUUACAGGAAGUCGAGGACAGAGGAGGGAGUGUGGGUCAUUUGCUGCCAAAUCAGACAGCAGAUGCCAGAGGCGGAGCUGGGAGAGAAAAAUGGGCAACAUACUGGGCUACUUAAAGCUUGGUAAAGACUUUCUGAGGGGGAGUGCAACUCUUCCGAAAGCACUAAUCCUAGGAGUCCCACCUGCGAGCUCUCCUGGAUCUCAACGGAGGCAUCAAGCCGGACCCAGGCAGUGCUGCUGAGGCUGAUGGGCGUUUCCAUGGCUGCAACUGCCUCCUCAGCUGCAUCCUCUUAGGGCUGCUCCAGUGAUGCUCUCUGCUGUCCUUCCAGGGUUCCAUUCCUCCUUAGACAAGAUGUCUCACCAGAAAAAGCAGCCCACCUCCAUGUGCCCAGUGGUUUGCGGGAAGACCUCGGGCGGCGGCGGCGGCGGUGGUGGUGGCGGCGGCGGCGGNNNNGGCUUCUACAGCGGCGGCGGCAGCUCGGGCUGCGGCGGCGGCUCCGGCGUUUGCGGCGGCGGCGGCUCCGGAGGGAGCGUCAAGUAUUUCGGGGGAGGCAGCAGCUCUGGCUGCGGAGGCUACUCUGGUGGCGGCGGAGGCUCCGGCUGCGGUGAUGGCUCCGGAGGCUGCGGAGGAGGUUCCGGUGGGAGUGUCAAGUACUGUGGGGGUGGUGGCUACUACGAAGGCGGCGGCAGCUCCGGCUGCGGGGGUGACUAUUCCGGGGGCGGCGGCGGCUCCGGCUGCGGGGGUGGCUAUUCCGGGGACCGCGGCGGCUCCGGCUGCGGCGGCUGCUACUCCGGUGGCGGCGGCGGCGGCGGCGGCGACUCCGGUCAGCAGGUCCAGUGCCAGAGGUACGGAGGCGUCUCUAGCGGCGACUGCGGGGGUGGCGGUUCCUCCGGGGGCGGCGGCAGCUCCGGCUGCGGCGGUGGCUCCUCCAGUGGAAGGUCCGGCUGCGGCGGCGGCUCUGGCUACUUCUGUCAGCGGACCAUCCAGACCUCGUGCAUACCCCAGCAGAGCUACGGAGGGGGAUCCUGCGGAGGCAGCUGCGUCGGCGACUCCUCCGGGGGCGACGGGGGCUGCUUCCCCAGCUGCGGCGGCGGCGGCGGGGGCUCCGGCUGCGGCGGCGGCUCCUCCGGGGGCGGCGGGGGAUGCUUCUCCAUUGGUGGUGGGGGCGGCUGUUACCCUGGGGGUGGCAAGGGCGUCCCGAUCUGCCACCAGACCCAGCAGAAGCAGGCGCCUACUUGGCCAAGAAAAUAAGGUCCGUUAGAGGCCGCGGAGAAGAAGAGAUGGAGGUGUUCUCCGUGGGCGCCAAUGGGCUUAACGCUCUCAUGAUAUUGCCCUGAGGUUCCCAAAUCCUUCAGGUGUUAACACCCGAGCUACUGAGCUCUGGGGCUGCAUCUUGUUCUGUAGUUUCUCCUUUUUGGUUUCUGUACAACUACCUCCCAACCCCGGUACAUCCUCAGUCAAUAAAUGUGCAAUUCAUGAGAAUUUCUGGGUUUCCAGGCACCUUUGUAGCUUCCAAGUUCAUUCAUUCUAUUCCAUUCAUCAACAAAUGUAUU